AUGAUUAAGGUUUCCUUCCUUUACGCCAACGAAGAGGGCAAGAAUUUUAAUAUGGACUACUACACGGGCACGCAUAUGCCCAUGGUGCACCAGCGGCUGGACUCGAUGGGACUGCUGCGGAGCGAGAUUGAGACCGGCGUAAGUUCCGCCGACCCCAACGCUCCGGCGCCCUUUGUCGCCGUGGGCAAUCUUUACUUCAACACCACCGACGAGGUCCACGAGGGGUUCAAGACCCACGGUCGGGAGUUGAUGGGCGACACGGCCAACUACACCGACAUUCGCCCGCAAAUCCAGAUCAGCGAACUGGUUUAG